AUGACACUAGGAAGAAUGCAAUUAGGGUCUAUGAAGGAGAGGAGAGGAGUGAUUACCAGCCACAGGUCAAUGGCAUGGACACCAUGGGUGGCCGCGAACCCCGCUGAUCGACCCGCUGAUCCGCGCGUCCUUCCGCCUUCCCACAACAUCACAUCAUCGCUUCUGAUCAAGAACGGUUGGCCCGAAAAGCUUGACAUCGAUCAGUUUCGGGCUGACUUCAUCCGGGCGCAGCACAAGCCGUCAGGACGAGGCUGGGCCGAAGGUGCUUUCCAACAGAUCAGAACUUACCAGGAUGAUCCAGAUGAUCCAGCCAACAUCUACUAUACCAAGAGAGUUCUACAACGAUACCAGGAUCGUGAACUCGACGAGGAGAUCAAAUAUUCCACUGGAGAAUUGAACAGGAUGAUGAUGGAGGCGGAAAGAGCAAAGAAUGAGAUUGAUCAACACGACAAGAAUUACGAAGAAGCGAAACGGCAGAUACAGCGGCUGUGUCCAGACGGCAUCUGUGUCGAGGCAGAGGAUCUCAUUCUUUGGGAGUUCAGAGGACUAGAACAGACAUAUGCAGAGGCACAGCUCAAAGCCGACACUAAAACACUGUGCGAACGCCGCCCUUGGAGGCUGGACGAAAGGUUUUAUGAUAGACAUUUGUCGUCAGAUCAGCACGCAAGUUGUGUCACCCGACUCAACUUGGAGAGACACUGGUUAGAGUUGGCAUACCAACAGUCCCGCGCCGAUGCCCUCGUUCAUUGCGCUCGAAGCAACAAGGAUCUCCUCCCCUCUGCCUCAUUCGAGACCAUCGCGAGUAUCUACAUUGCCGAUUAUGAAAGUAAUUAUUACGGGUGGAAGAUUGAGGAUAUCAAAAAGGCUUUGUCUGGUGACAUUGGCGAUGAAGCCCUUCGAGAGCCCUGGAGCCGAUUAGAGGUUCUGGAGGAGCCUCGUUCUUCUUCUGAUGACAGAUUGUACGACUAG